AUGGUCUCUACCAUUCUUGGAUUGAACUUUACUCAAUCGAUUCGACACUAUAUAAUCCAUGGCCUCUUCUAAUUACUGGUCAUUGCAGGCAAGGGAGUCAAACGAACAAUAGAUUAAGUGAAUUUGCCAUCAAGUGUUCUCGCAACGAAAAGGAUACUUUUUAAAAUGUUUGCUUCGCAGUUGAUCAGCAUUGCACUGUUUUUGGCUGUUGCCAAAGCAAGUCUUCUACAUCCGCAUGCAAUUGGUCCUGCUAUUGCUCCCGCGAUUGCGCCUGCCUUUGCCCCGGCUAUCGGGCCCGCCAUUGCUCCAGCGAUUGCACCCGCAUUUGCACCAGCCUUUGCACCCCCAAUAGCGCCGGCGAUUGCACCUGCUUUCGCCCCGGCAAUUGCACCAGCCAUUGCUCCAGCAAUUGCACCGGCUCCUGUUGCUUUUGGUCCUCCACCAGUCACAUUUGGGCUGCCGCCACCACCAGUUUUCAAACCCCAUUUUGCAUUCCCAGCAUUUUAUAAGCCGCACUACCAUUUUGGGUUCGCGACUCCUGUCUUGAAGGCUCAUGUACCGGUCCCAGUAUUGAAAACAUACGCUCCAGUAGCUCCAGUAUUGAAGACAGUGCCAUUAUCAGUGCAUUACCAUAAGACCGUCAUUCCUCCGGCACCUCACUUCAAGCUCUUCAAGUCGUUUCCGCACUACGCACCCUCGUUCGGGCAUUCUCACUUUUUAUAGUAAAUUUAUAAAAAGUGUUAUUAAGAAGCUCUAGAUUUUAAGGAGAAUGCGUGUUGCAGUAAUAAUUGUACAAUUAUUUACCCAUCGUGUGCUAAUUUGUAUUUGUUGACUAUUUUAUUGUUGUAAUGAUGUUUUUUAAAUACAGAGGACAUUUGUUUUUAA